AUGCACGCCCCGACGCACUCGACCGGCGCCGACCUGUCGCAGGCGCCGACCGUCGUUGGCAAGCAGCCGCCGACGCCCAAGAAGGACGCCCGUUUCUGGCUCAUCUUCGUCGUCCUCUUCUUCUGCUGCUUCCUGUCGGCCCUCGACCUGACGGCCGUCUCGACCGCCUUGCCCUCAAUCGCCGCCGACUUCGAGUCGACGGACGCGACCUGGAUCGGCAGCGCCUACGCCCUCACCUCGACGGCUCUCAUCCCUUGGACCGGCGGCCUCGCCGCCAUCUUUGGUCGUCGCCCCGUCAUGAUCGGCGGCAUCCUCAUCUUCGCGCUCGGAAGUGCCCUCACCGGUGCGGCGCAGAGCAUGGCAAUGGCGAUCGGCGGCCGCAGCGUCCAGGGCAUCGGCGGCGGCGCCAUCCUGACCAUGGUCGAGAUCAUCAUCUGCGACCUCGUCCCGCUCGCCGAGCGAGGCACCUACUUCGGCAUCAUCGGCGCCGUGUGGGCUCUUGCUUCUACUCUUGGCCCGCCCAUCGGCGGCGCUCUCGCAUCUGCAGGAGCAUGGCGCUGGCUCUUCUACCUGAACCUUCCCCUCUGCGGCCUCGCUCUCGUCCUCACCUUCAUCUUCCUCCGCAUUAAGGCCCCCGAGACGACGCUCGAGGAGAAGCUCGAGCAGAUGGACUGGUGGAACCUCCUCUUCGUCGCCGCCGCCACGUCGACCAUCCUCGGCCUCACUUGGGGCGGCGCGACCUACGCCUGGUCGUCGUACCAGGUCCUCGUCCCGCUCAUCGUCGGCAUCAUCGGCAUGGUCGCCUUUGUCGCCAUCGAGCGCAAGUACGUCAAGCACCCGACCGUCCCGUUCGACAUCCUCGUCCACCGCGACGCCUGGAUCGGCUACUUCACGACGUUCCUCCACUCGCUCGUCGUCCUCGCUAUCGUCUACUGGCUCCCGGCCUACUUCCAAAUGCGCGGCGCCUCGCCGGUCCAGUCGGGCGCCAAGACGCUCCCGCUCAGCUUCACCAUCUCGCCUCUCGCCAUCGUGGUCGGCGCGAGCGUCACCAUCACGGGCAUCUGGGUCCCGCAGAACGCGAUCGGCUGGGCCAUGGCCACGAUUGGCUGCGGCCUCCUCUCGCUCCUCAAGUACGACUCGGGGCGCAACGCGUGGGCAGGCUUCUCGGUCGUCGUCGGCAUGGGCCUCGGCAUGCUCUAUUCCGCCACGAACUUUGCCGUCCUCGCUCCGGUCAAGCCCGCGCGUCAGCCGUAUGCGAUCACCUUCUACGGGUUCGUGCGCUCUUUUGGCCAGCUCUUCGGCAUCGUCAUCGGCUCGACCGUCGUCUCGAACCAGCUCCAGAAGAACCUGCCGGCGGCGUACGUCGCACAGUAUGGCGAGCUCGUCGGCGACGCGACGUUUGCGCUCAUCCCGCAGAUCAAGACCUUUGCCGAGCCGCUACGUACUGAGGUCCAGAUCGCGUUCAACGACGCGCUUGUGACCCUGUGGCAGGUUCUCGUGGGGUUAUCGGGCCUUGGUUUCCUCCUCGCGCUCGCCCUCAAGCACAUCCCGCUCACGAUGGAGGUCGACGAGAGCUGGGGCGUGCAGGUCAAGAAGAAGGAGGGCGGCGUGCAGGGGGCCGAGGAGGAGAAGGUCGGCGCGCUGUGA